AUGCUGACGAACCUGAUAAUAAAUCUGAAGAAUCAGAGAAUAAAUCUGACGAAUCUGAAAAUAAAUCUGAUGAAUCUGAAAAUAAAUCUGAUGAAUCUGAGAAUAAAACUGAUGAAUAUAAUAAUCAAUCUAACGAAUCUACUGGUGAAUUUAUUAAACCUGAUGUAUCAAACAUAGAAUCACAAAUGCCCAUACGUCAAUCAAGAUUUAAACCAUUUUUUAAAAUUUUUGCUGGGUUCUUUGUUAUCGGCUUGAUUGGUG